AUGGCGAAGCUAUCUCCCGCCACCGUGCACAACCUCGUGCCCCGCUUCCUUCCGCUUCUGCAGACGCCGUCGACUCCUCUCCCGCCAUGCGCCGCCCACUGCCUGUUGCGGAGAGCGGGAGAUGAUGGAGCAGUCUUCCCGUGUCAUCGUCGCCGUCAUACACGCCAGCCCGCUGCUCACGCUGUCGUCACCCGCGCCGACAGCACCGACGUCGUCGUGGACGCCGACGGGCCACGCUGGCGCCUGGCAGCGGAGUUGGUGUUUGAGUGCAAGACGUGCAACAAGAGGUUCCCGUCGUUCCAGGCACUGGGUGGGUACAUGACGAGCCACACGCGGCUACAGGCGAAGCUGCUGAGCGACCCCGCCGCUGCGGCGGCCGAGAAGGACAGGGCACACGUCCACGAGUGCGCCGUGUGCGGGGUCGAGUUCUCCACCAUCACCGCUCUCACUGUCAUUCUAUGGUCUGGAGAGCACGAGGAAGAGAGGGAGAGGUGGAGGAGGAGGAGGCUGGUGGAAGAAGAUGAAUCCCUGAUAGGUGAGGCCUAUAUGGGUUCCACUUUUUUUUACGCUGAGUGCCACGUAGGACGAAGACCUAGUCAAUAUACCAUGUGGACAUGACAAGCUAAAACCGACAGUAUAUUUACUCCGGUUUUCGGAUUUGGGGAGGUGUUAUACCUGGUUU